AUGUCAGACAAUCCAUUAAUGAAAUUUAUGAUGAACCUUUUCGUCCCUGCUCAAGUUAAAAAACCAUUAGUAGUACCAACCCUUCCCGCCGAAUGUAUGUACCAAAUAUUUCAAAACCUCGUUGAUCAAGGAGAAGCGUUGCACCCAUUCUUACUCAUAAACCGUUAUUGGUGUCGUAACGUAAUCCCUUUCUUAUGGGCUCGUCCAUUUGAUGAAAAUUUAACACCUGAAAAUAUGCACAAAAUUCUAAUAGUUUAUCUUUCUUCACUUAAUGAUACCGAAAAAAUUGACCUUCAAAAUUUUUUGGUUCAAAAUUCUUAUGACACCGAAUCUUUAACAGAAUUAUUUCAACAAGGAAAACCAUUAUUUAAUUAUCCUAUAAUGUUACAAGAACUUUCAAUUAAAAAUUUGGAAUUAUUUGUACGUUCAUGGAUUUUUAGAUAUAAUAUGGAAUUCGGUUGUCAAAAUCAAAUGGAUGAUCAAUUAAAUUUUAUGAUUUCAAUUUUAUGGAAAUUAUUUUUAAGAAAUUCGGUUAAUUUAAGAUAUUUUAGGGUUGAUAAAUAUCCUGAUAAUGAUGACAUUCCAGAACUUUCUUCAAGUUUAGAAAUUCCACAAAAUCUUGGGUUUGUAGGAUUAUCAAAUAUUUCAAAUUUUGAAAUUGAUUUUUCCUCUCAACCUAUGUCAAAAAAUGCUUUAAAUUUAUUAAAAACUAUCCCGAAAUUAUGUAAAAGAAUUCAAAUUUUAGGUAUUAAACUUCCUAGAUUUGAAAAUAUUUCUGAUGCCGUAGAAGCAAUAGUAUCAAUUAUAAUUUCUCAGGAUAGAUUAAAAGAAUUUAAUUUAGAAGGUGUAGAAAAUGAAAAAGAUUCACGACCUAUAAUUGAAGCUUUACAAUCCCAAGUUCGUUCAUUAACCUCCGUAGAAAUAGACAGAGUUGAAAUUACGACAUUGUCACUGUACGCUUUGGCUAAAUGUACGAAUUUGGAAAAUCUUAAAAUAUCGAAUUGUGGUGGACUUACAAUUCAAGAUAUGACAAAUACUGUAACUACAACACCUUCGACUAUUGAUGGAUUGUGGAAUAAGAUCAAAUUUGAGAAUUUAAAGAAAUUACAUCUUGAAAAAUUAUCAAAGAAUGCCAUAAUUUCUUCUUUGAUAAUUCGAUCAAUUGGAAAGUCAUCUGUACGGGAAUUAACAAUGGACGUAAUAACACAAGAUACCAUUAAUUCCAUGAUUGAUAAUUGUCCUGAAAUCACACAUCUUACUCUCUUAAAUUAUCAACCUUCCCUUCAUGACCAUUUAUUGGGUUCCUUAUUUCAAACAUUACAAAACGUCACACAUUUAACUAUUCAAAUUCCAAUUUCUAUUUCGGUCUCUGAAUCUUCGAUUAUUUCAGGAAAAUCACUUCCUUCUUCGCUUACAUAUUUAAAACUUCAAUGUGGAUAUCAAAAAAUUCAAUUGAAUGGAUUACUAAGUGAUUGUUGUAAAGCGAAAUUAAAAGUAUUAAUUGUUGACGUUGUUAAAUUUUUAUAUAUGGAUAUGAAAGGAAUUACAAGUUUUAUUAAAGGACGAGCAGGUUCUUCAGUGAAAUAUCUUGGAAUCGGUGGAGAUGUUAACUGUAAUGGUAAAGUGAUAAAAGAGUUGGAAGAAUUGAAAGAAAAAUGUGGUGUCUGUGUUAUUCCUUGGUACGAAAUUGAAAAGUGGUGA